GGAACAAAACAACGGAGACACUCCUUCCUCCUUCCCUUCCCUUCAUAACAAACCUGAAUGUAACCUAACCUUAAUGAGUAUUUAAUAACAAGCUGAUUAUUUACUAGAAUUAGGAUAAAUUGCUUAACUUUUGAAUUUAUCUACUUCGCUAUUGGUAGGCUGACAGCAUUACACACUAAGUACAUUGCUCACAGAAACGUCCGACCAAAAUGUUUCUUGCCAGAGGAUUGAAGCACUUUAAAACAGGUCGAGAAGCUCUGGCUAAUGUGAAGACUACCAGGCGAUUGUGGCAUAUAAAAUUUUUUACAGUGACUGGGAUCAGCGCAGUAGUAGGGACGAUGAACAACAUGCAUACAACCAACCAUACAAACAAUGAACUUCCCCAGUACUCGAGCUCGUACACAGUCCCCAAACCUCCGCCCAGCACAGGCGCAGAGAAUAUUGUUUGGGUGGAUAUGGAGAUGACAGGACUGGAUCCAAAUAAAGACCAUGUGCUGGAAGUAGCGUGUCUGGUGACGGACGGAAAUUUGAACAUCUUAGCCGAGGGCCCUGACCUCUGCAUCAGCCAUCCUCCUGAGGUGAUGUCGUCCAUGAACGAGUGGUCUACGAAACAGCACGGAGAGUCAGGGUUGACAAGCAAGUGCCAGACAAAUGGAAUUCCUCUGCGAGAAGCAGAGUUAAAGCUUCUCAACUUUGUCCGGGAAUGGACACCGUUCAAGAAAUGUCCGUUGGGAGGUAACACUGUCUACAUGGAUCGCAUAUUCUUAAUGAAGUACAUGCCGGAGUUUGAACAACACAUGCAUUACCGCAUCAUUGACGUCAGUUCUGUCAAGGAGAUAUGCAGCCGAUGGUACCCUGGAAUAUAUAAUCAGCAACCCAACAAGAAGGAGAUAGCAAAACAUCGAGCCUUAGCAGAUAUCAGAAUGAGCAUCGAUGAACUCAAGUUUUACAGAGAACAUAUAUUCAGAAAAAUUGAUUCACCUGAGGCAGUCAACGCUCAGUUGCAAUGGUGUUGAGACGUUUCAGAGAAAUUGUGCGUAAACAUUUACUAUUAGUGCCUCGAAACUAAACAUUCCCGGUACUCUCAAGUAUUUUUCAAAGAUCAAUUUAAUCAUUAUUUCAGUGCAAAUUAACUUUACAACGUUCUCAACCUAAACCUAGAAUAUUAUUUAUUACAAAAUUUUGUGUAGCCUAUUUUAAUUAAGGAAAUCAAUUUCUGUGUUUUCUCCAGAAUUAGCAUUGUGAGAACUACUUUUGAUCAUUUUAUAACAUAAAUAUUAGAUCCCAAUAUCAAAAUAUUACAUUAAGUUUUCCUUACCUAAAUAACAUUACAAUACCUAAAAUGAGUACCUGUAUUUUACCAGAUAAUGUAUUUUAUUUUUCUGCAGAUAUACAAGUUUGAACGAAUGUAAACAUUAGACUGACUUAAAAAGUUACCAUUUUUCCAAUUGUAUUGUUCCAGUUAAAAGUAUUUUGUAUAUUUUUCAUUAACUCAUUCCUCAAAGAAAGUUUGUUACUGUCUUGGCAUUUCUUCAUCCGCGCUUUGUGUCCUUUUUGGUGUUCUUGUUUUAUCUUAAAAGUUUGUUAGCGAGCUAAUUUAUUUUGCAUGUAAACUAUACUCUACAAUAUUAUGCAUUUGUCCAUACGUUUUUCUUGUAACCCAUUAAAAUAUUUUUUCAUGUUU